AUGGCUAAAAAACAAAAUGGGUACGAGUACUCGACACAGGACACAAAAAUCCCAUACUGGCUGGGAGAAAUAACAAAGGAUUUAAAGGAAACUCAUAUUAAUAAUUCUAUAGAUAAUUCCAGUAAUUGGAACCUCGAGCCAAAUAACGUUAAUUUUGAAAACUAUAGUAAUGAUAAUCAGUUAAGAUUGAUCCGGCGAACUUCAUUGGAUCUAGAUUUAUUAUUGAAGCCUGAAUCGCAAGCAGUUGCACAUUCUGCAGGAACACUUCGCUACAAUCAUAGUAAGGGACCAACGCACAAUGGACGACAAAAGAAAUAUUCAAAUUUUAAUCAAAGUUACAACGUGGAUUCACAAAUGGAGAUCAGUAAUGACUUUUUAUCGGAUCUCCUUCCACAUUAUGUAACACCGAGACAUAGAAGAAUCGAUAAUGCCAUUGACAAUGAUUUUCAUGAUGUUAUCAUUGGUGCCAGAACUCGAGAACAUUUAAAAAAUAGUAAAAAGAUACCGAAAGAAGCAUCCUUAUUUACGAAUGACAAUACCGCACAAAACAGUUCAAUGAAUAAUUAUUCAAAUAAAGCAUCCUCCAUAGUUUCUGUGCCAAAACAGGGAAAUGAAAGGAGAAAUAAAGAAUUUAUUAUACCUGAGUUACCGGAAGGAAGGCUAUUGGAAAUAAAAAUAUUCUCAAAUUGGGGUGAUAAGUUUUUGGUUGGGUUAAAUGGUAUUGAGCUAUUCGAUAGUAAUGGGGAAAUUGUAUUGGUUGAAAAGGUAUGGACAGAUUCAGAUACCGGUGAUCAUUCAAAAUAUGGCCAGGUGGAUAAUUUAAUAGAUGGGGUCGUUCGUACCAGAGACGAUAGACAUACAUGGAGUGCACCGGCACCGCAAGGGUUACCGAUUGCUUUAAGCGUUCUGCUUGCCAAAUGUACUAGGCUAGCUUUACUGAGGAUUUGGAAUUACAACAAAUCCCGUAUCUACUCCACGAGAGGUGUUCGUUUAGUUCAAGUGAAACUUGAUGAUCAAAUUAUCUUUCAUGGGGAAAUAGCAAGAGCAAGCGGUGAAGUAAAAGGACAACUACCUUCGUUUGGAGACACAAUUCUUUUUACCAAAGAUGCAAGUAUACUAGAAGCGAUAAUGGUAAAUGAUAAAAACUUUCAAGCAUUACUUAAAGAUAAUGAACCAGUUCCUGAAACAAAUACGGUUGAAAACCGACCUCUAACGGCUAAUGGCAAGAAAAAUAAUACUCUAAUUAAUAUAAAGGAAGACAGUCCGAAACGUGAGGGAGAAGAAAAGUAUAUUGCGAAAGAAAUAAAAUUGACUCUUUUGUCAAAUUGGGGCCAGAGACAUUUGAUUGGCUUGACGGGAAUUGAUUUACUUUGUAACAACAAUCCUGUAACUAUAAUCCGUGGCUACGCGUAUACGAGCUUCAUUGUUGAAAACGAAGCUAACUUCGAGCAUGGCCUAAUAGAGUGCAAAAGUCUUUUCAAUGGCAGAAACAUUACAACAGAAUUUGAAGAUAUGUGGUGUACCAAUUUUAUGCCAGGAACAAAUUACUGUCAUAUUAUUAUGGAACUGAAGGAACCCACGGAAAUUACAGGUAUUCGAAUUUGGAAUUACAACGCCAAUAUGGAACUGUCAUACAUUGGCGCAAAACAUGUGCGCUUGUCGCUAGAUGGCACUGCUCUGCACAAACGGCCGUUACUUUUAAGACGUGCGCCUGGAGAGACGUGCUAUGAUUAUUUACAGCACUUUGAACUUGCUUCUAUCGAUGAUAGGAUCAGCGCCUCGGAGAAUAAUGGCUUCAAUCGGAUAAUGUAUGAAAGUAGCCUUACAUUGGGAGCUCCCACGGGUUUUGUGCUACAGAUAAAUAUAUUCUCUACUUGGGGAGAUCCAUAUUACGUUGGACUCACGGGGAUCGAGCUUUAUGACCCCCAAGGAAACCUCAUCGAUGUAACAGAAACGAAUGUUUGUGCUCAACCGGCGAGCGUAAACGUUCUUGAUAGUCUAGCAAAGGACGUCCGUACACCGGAUAAGCUCAUAGAUGGGCACAAUUCGAGUGCUGCCGAUGCACAGCACUCGUGGCUCGCACCUGUCUUACCUGACACUCUUAACAGGAUAUUUUUUGUAUUUGAUGUCCCAAUCUGUAUUUAUGGCAUGAAAAUAUGGAAUUACGGCAAAACACCAACUCGAGGCGUGAAGGAAUUUGGGGUCCUAAUGGAUGAUCUGUUGAUAUUUAACGGAACACUUGAUAUGGCCAAAGGUGAGCCUAUAAUGUCACAGUGGAUAUGUUUCCAAGAGAUAGACCUCGUAAAUCUUACACCAAGUCCCUCUGAUGUAAGCCAACGUACGACUACAAGCGGGUCCGGACAAUCAGUCGACCAAAAUGAAAGACCAUACACGAGUGUGUAUUCAAUACGGUCAAGAAAACAAAAAUAAAUUUUCUUCGCGUUUGUUAAUAUGUUGAUGUUUAAAUCAAGCUUGUGAUGUUUUAUGGAAUGUUUGAAAUAUGUAUUUUUGAUGUUGCGUGUAAUAAUAUUGUUUUUUGAUAAUGUAAAUCGAACUUACUAAUUGUCUAUGAUCAUAAAAAAGUGGAAAAGAAAGGCGCGAAAUUGAAAAAUAAAAUCAUUAGAUAUCUGAAAAGUGUUUAAAAUGUAAUUUUAUGUAUUGUGUAAUUUUUCGGUGAGUUUCCGUGAGAUUAAUUAUUUUUAAGUUAUUGUGUUUGUUUUAAAACUCAAAAUCUUAGUACUACUUUCAACUAACUAAAUUUAAAAUCAGACUGAGCAUCAGCGAAAGAGGUAGUCAGUUUUAGUUCGAGCUUACGUUUUCUAUAAAGCUUUUUGUAUUUACUACUAUCAUUUAAAUAAUAUUCUUGAGGUCUAUACCUAGGUACUCUAUUCAGAUGAUCAUGUGAUUGAAAAUUGUCCCCAAUAUAAUAUUAGAGAGUAGGUAUGUAGGUAACUAGCUGGUAAUAAGUAAAAAUUACUUGUUUUGGAGUAAACUAACAAUAAGCACUGUAAUAAUUAAAUCAAAAACAAAACAAGGUUAAUUGCAGCUGAUAUUG